GAGCCGAGGAGAAGCAGGAGGAGGAGGAGGCGGAGCGGAGGGAGGUCCUUCGCUGAGGGACGCGGCCACCCAGGUCUCCUGGGGCCCUGCUCCUUUUCCGGCCAGGGCCGAGCGGGCGACGCGGCGGAGGGAGAAGGGGGUCUCGUGGGCCGGGGAGCCCGAGGGGGCCUUCGGGGCCAAGGAGGCCGGCGUCAGCCGCAGCCGCUCCGGAGGCCUCCCUCUGGGCAGAGGAGCCUCCCUGUGGAGCCCGCCAGAGCCCCCCGGCGGGGAAGUCUGGGUCCCCAGAGAGCCUUCGUGGGGGAGGAACCCCUCCUGCUCCCCCCAGAAAGAGAAGAGGGAGAAGGAGAAGAAGAAGGAGGCCGCCCCCAGGGAGGUCUGGGUCCCCCGGGAGAGGAAGGCCGAGGGGGACCUCUGGGUCCACAAGGGGCUUCCAUCAUGCAGGUGAACCGGGGAGCGGCACUCCUGACCAUUGCUCUAUGGACACUUUGUUCACCGGUUAUGAGUACCGAAGGUAAACGGAAGCUCCAGAUCGGAGUAAAAAAACGAGUCGACAACUGCCCCAUCAAAUCCCGCAAAGGAGAUGUGCUUCACAUGCAUUACACGGGAAAGCUGGAAGAUGGGACAGAGUUUGACAGCAGCCUGACUCGCGACCAGCCAUUUAUCUUCUCCUUGGGGACUGGACAAGUCAUUAAAGGCUGGGACCAGGGCCUGCUUGGGAUGUGUGAGGGUGAGAAGAGGAAGCUGGUGAUUCCCUCAGAAUUGGGUUAUGGAGACCGGGGGGCUCCACCCAAAAUCCCAGGUGGUGCAACGUUAAUCUUUGAAGUGGAACUACUGAAGAUAGAGCGACGGCAGGAAUUGUAGCUGUGGGAGAGGGGGGCUUGAGGGAGAGGGAUGUGAGAGCGUGAAUUGCAGGGGAGGGAUCUGAACAAGAGACUCAGGAUUUGUUUAUUGUGAAUGGGCCAAAUAAAAGCACAGACCAGA